CGGCCAUGGCGGGCGCGGCGGCGGCGCACAGCGUGCGGGUGCUGCGCGAGCUGAACCGGCAGCGCGCCGCGGGGCAGUUCUGCGACGCCACGCUGGGCGUGGGCGGCCGCCAGUUCCGCGCGCACUGGCCGGUGCUCGCCAGCUGCUCGCGCUUCUUCCGCGGCGUGGGCGGCGGCGGCGGCGCGGGGCCGGUGCCGCUGCCCGAGGGCCUGGCCGACACCUUCCAGCUGCUGCUCGACUUCUUCUACACCGGCCGCCUGGCGCUCACGGCGCACAACCGCGCGCGCCUGCUGGCGGCCGCCGAGCAGCUGGGCGUGCCCGACGCCGUGGCGCUGUGCCGGGCCUUCCGCCCCGCCGCCGACCGGCACCGGCCCCGCCGCGCCCCCGGCGCCGCCCCGCGACGAGCGGACGGCGCGGCCGCGGCGCCCCCCGAGCCCGGCGGCGAGGCGGUGCGCGAGGGGGCCGCGGGGAGCGGGGCGGCCGCGGGAGGCGCCCUGACCGCCGCCGUUCCCCCGCAGGCCUCCCCCGCGGCGGCGGCGGCGGCGGCGGGCGGCGGGCAGGGGCGCGGCGGCGGCGAGGCGCUCCCCGGGAGGAAGGCCCCGCGCGGCAAGAAGAAACCCCCCGCGGGGGCGGCGGCGGCGGCGGUGCCCGAGGCGGGGCUGGCGGGGAGCGGGAAGGGCACCGCGGCGCCGGCCGAGUGCCCCACGUGCCACAAAACGUUCCUCAGCAAAUACUACCUGAAGGUGCACAACAGGAAACACACUGGAGAGAAGCCCUUUGAGUGUUCCAAGUGUGGUAAAUGUUAUUUCAGAAAAGAAAAUCUCCUAGAACACGAAGCCAGAAACUGCAUGAACCGAUCUGAGCAGGUUUUCACGUGCUCGGUCUGCCAAGAGGUAUUCAAGAGGCGGAUGGAGCUGCGGCUGCACAUGGUGUCGCACACCGGGGAGAUGCCCUAUAAGUGCUCCUCCUGUGCGCAGCAGUUCAUGCAGAAGAAGGACCUGCAGAGCCACAUGAUAAAGUUGCAUGGCGCCCCAAAGCCCCACGCGAGCUACGUUUGCACGAGGCGUUCAAGCACCGGGGAGAGAAGCUGUUUGUCUGUGAGGAGUGCGGACACAGAGCCUCAAGUCGCAACGGCUUGCAGAUGCACAUCAAGGCCAAGCACAGGAACGAGCGCCCCUAUGUUUGUGAGUUCUGCCAUCACGCCUUCACACAGAAAGCCAACCUCAACAUGCACCUGCGCACGCACACCGGUGAGAAGCCCUUCCAGUGCCACCUCUGCGGCAAGACCUUCAGGACACAAGUGUAGCCUGCGCCUGUGCCUGGAUGGGGACACCCAGUGGACUGCUGACCUCCAGCUCUCUCUUCCCCUGCUCACGGCAGCAAGCCUGGACAAGCACAACCGGACCCACACAGGGGAGCGCCCCUUUAGCUGUGAGUUCUGCGACCAGAGGUUCACGGAGAAGGGGCCCCUCCUGAGGCACAUCGCCAGCCGGCACCAGGAGGGGAGGCCCCACUUCUGCCAGAUCUGUGGGAAAACGUUCAAAGCGAUUGAGCAGCUGCGUGUCCACGUCCGCAGGCACAAGGGAGUGAGGAAGUUCGAGUGCACCGAGUGCGGCUACAAGUUCACGCGGCAGGCUCACUUGAGGCGCCACAUGGAGAUUCACGACCGCGUGGAGAACUACAACCCCCGGCAGCGGAAGCUGCGAAACCUGAUCAUCGAGGACGAGAAGGCGGUGGUGGUGGCCCUGCAGCCGCCCCAGGAGCUGGAGGUGGGCUCAGCCGAGGUCAUUGUGGAGUCCCUGUCCCACGGCUCCCUGCCUGAGGAGAUCCCUGUGCAGAGACUCUGUUCAAACGAGAACUUCUCUACGGCGGAUGUGAUAGAGCAGUCACUAAUAAUAACAACAGCAAUUCCUGAUGACUGUGAAACAUAGCGCGACUGCACGCAUCCUUCCUACCAAACACAAUAAAGUGUUAGGCUGGAGUGACUCUGCUACACUUGUUCUUUUCAGCCUCCAGGGGCUUCAAGUCGUACAUCCAGCCCCUCUCCCUCCUCCUGUUUAAAGAUCCUACCCCCAGGUCGCAGGGAAGGUUUCUAAUGAAGUGAUAAUUGGGUAUCAAAUUAAGAAGUAUGAAGCUACUCGGAACGACUACUUAAAUGUACAUAUAUUGUAUGAGAUGGGAUGUGAUUGACAACUCCAUACGUGUAAUACUGUGAAUUGCUUUUUAAGGAGCUCUCAUUCGUGACCAGAAGGGAUAGCUGGCUCACCUCCCAUUUCUACAGUGCUAGCUCUUACCUUGCUCCAUUAGUUCUACGUUUGAGUCUGAAUGCUCAUGAUUAAAGUUUACCUUCCGCAAGAGUGUGUGACUGCCCCUUUCCUUAAAUGUGUGCUGAAAGGACUGUGUCCUCAAUUAAAUUUGUGCCUUAUUUCUACUUGGUUCUGUCAAGCUUCUGCUACUUAUUACUGUUUCUUUACUACAUUAAAGGCAUGGUGUGAUCUUGUAUCUUCUCACCAUUCAGCUAAUUUAGCUGUUACUCAGCUUGAAACAGUAGGAUUAGCUCAAGGAAGUGGGUGAUUCUCUAAGCUCCCGUUUUUAGAUGUGGGGAUUUAUACUUGUAAGUAAUAAUUUUCUGAAAUAACACAAUCCAGGGUUGCUGUCACAUUGAAAGCCAUUUCCCGAGUAUUCCUGCGGGGUGGCAGUGGAAUAUUGUACUUGAAACUGAGCACACACAAAGAUUCAUGUCCCACCCACCCCGAGUCCCCUUUCCCUUUUCUACUCACCCAGCAGGCAGCUCUCCCGUUUAAAUGCACCUCAGGCCUAGAAUGAGAAACAUCUCAGCAAAAACUUGUCCUAGUAAUUUUUCUAUUGAAAAACAUAGAGAUUUAUGUAACGUUUUAUUUAACUUGACUGUUGCAAGUAAAUUUAAAAACAAAUUAUGAGAAUAAAAAUACAUUAUCUGUAAAUGUAAAAUGCCUUUGUUUCAAAGGAUGGUAUUUAAACAGUACUCAAAGAUUUGGACACAAUGGAUUUUACAAAAAAUAAAUACGAAUCCAUAAUUGUUUAGCUGGUUUGGUAAUUUCAGGGUGGCAGGUCCAGCAGUGAGCACUACAGUAUGAGAUAUAGUGUACGUACUAGUUAUAGUUCAGCAUAAAUACUUCAGUCUGCAACACAAGUUCAGCCGUACAGCGCACACGGGCAGCUCGGGGUCUUCACACUUGCGCAGGUCUCUCGAGCAUCACCACGUCGCAGCCGCCGCUUUUUCUCCCCACACACGAAGUGCUGUGCGGACAGGUGGCUUUGGUGUGCUGGCUCAGCACAGCGGGACGCGGCGAUUCUCCCGGAAACGGAGGGUGGGCCCUGAGCUGCUGGCUCCCGUGUGUCCCGCUGUCUGGCUCCUCCACCCAACAGGGACCGCCAAAGCACAGCCCUCGCCCCAGCCCCACUGUGCCACGAGGAGGAAAGCUCCACCAGCGGCUCGUGCAACCGCACUUCCCUGCGCCUUAAGACAAAACCAGCAAGGAGAGCCUGCUGCGCCCGGGGGACCCCUGCUGCUCCCGCCUCGCCAUGGAUCCUCUGCCGCGGGCGGCAGUUUCAAGGCACUGUCAAAGUUUCAGACUUUGAGCAAAGCCCAAGCUUCAUAAACAGCUUUCUCAAGUUUCACAGCUAAGUAGCUUAGCAUAAAAUAGUAUUCAAGGCAAAACAGAUUUUUAAAGCUGUGAACGUGUUGACUUUAGAGAGAUAGGGUUCUGAUGCACUCAACGGCAAGCCAGAAGGCAUGCAACCCAAGCAGACGGGCUUUCCUUUUUUUUUUUUUUUUUUUCCUAUUGGUUAAAAACCAAAGGCAGAAAAAAGAGCAAAUCUAGCCACCAUUUCAGCCACUAUUACACUACAAUUUCCUGGAAGUAGUGCCCAUUUUCAGAUGAGCCAUACUGCAAUCUUAACUGUUUUCUUUUUCAAGAAACAUUCCACAAGUAAACUGCAAGCAGCUUCUCUUCAGCUGAAGGUAUAUUGAGGAAAUACAAUUCACGCUACCUAGGUCACUUGAGCAAGUACAAAGGCAAAUCUUACACGUGCCACACACACACACACAAAGAAAACCCUAAAAUAACUAACUUUCAAUCCACAACACUCUUGCUAACUCCUACACCUUCGCCAAAUGACCUCAGCAGCAUUUUCCAAUUACUCAGAUUCCAAGAGCUUCUGCAAAGUGAAGAUGAGACAGGCACGAGAACUCUCCGAGGGUUCAGCAGGUUGCCUCACACCAGCUAAUGCAUUUCUGCACCAUGGUGUCUAAACACCACCAGCUUUUCUUCUACAAGUCUGUGGCAAAUCUUCUAGGGAAGUUGUGCUUACCUUUCCAGGCAAUCUUUUUUUUUCUUUCUUCUAAAAUAGCAGAAUUCCAACCUAGCUUUUUUACAGCAGUGAAGGAAUAAGAACUUGCCCUCGAUACACAGGGCCUACCUGCCCGACACAGCACGUGCUGAUAGCCUGCUACAGAAGAAUUGACAGUAAAUUCUGUUAGUCACGAGAACUAGUCACAGAACAAGCCACACAGACAUUUUCUGCUAUGUUCAGCCCCAAGCUGGGCAACCCCGUAGGAACAAAUUCUGUCAAAAUAGUAAAGGAGAAGGAAGGCUCCUCCCUGAGGGCCUCUGGCACGAGCCACGAGCCCUAGAAGUCACUCCACAAGCCAGCUGAGGGGGAUUCUCUUUUCCCUUUCCCUUUAAAGAACAGUGCAGUUUGGGUGACCAGAAAUGAAGGCACCCUAGUUGUAACAAUACGAUUAAAAGAUAAAUAAAGGUGUUCCGAGAAAAAAAAA